GGUCCGUGCGGGCGGAGAUCGGGAGCGGAUCGCGGCGGCCCCUCCCUCCCGGGGCGCGGGCGGCGAGUGCAGCGGGCCGGCCGGGCGGACAGGUCUGAUCGGUUACGGGGGUGGGAGCAGGAAUCGGUAGCCUGGAGCAGCCAGACUCGACACCCUGGGAGCUGAGCAGCCAUGGCCUACCACAGCUUCCUGGUGGAACCCAUCAGCUGUCAUGCCUGGAACAAAGACCGCACACAGAUCGCCAUCUGCCCCAACAACCAUGAGGUGCACAUCUACGAGAAGAGCGGAGCCAAGUGGACCAAGGUGCAUGAGCUCAAGGAACACAAUGGGCAGGUGACAGGCAUUGACUGGGCCCCUGAGAGUAACCGCAUCGUGACCUGCGGCACAGACCGCAAUGCCUACGUGUGGACGCUCAAGGGCAGCACGUGGAAGCCUACACUUGUCAUCCUGCGGAUCAACCGUGCUGCCCGCUGUGUGCGCUGGGCUCCCAAUGAGAACAAGUUCGCCGUGGGCAGUGGCUCUCGAGUUAUCUCCAUUUGCUAUUUUGAGCAAGAGAAUGACUGGUGGGUGUGUAAGCACAUCAAGAAGCCCAUCCGCUCCACUGUGCUCAGCUUGGACUGGCAUCCCAACAACGUGCUCUUGGCCGCUGGUUCUUGUGACUUCAAGUGCAGGAUCUUCUCAGCCUACAUCAAGGAGGUGGAAGAGCGGCCAGCCCCCACCCCGUGGGGCUCCAAAAUGCCCUUUGGAGAGCUGAUGUUCGAGUCCAGCAGCAGCUGUGGCUGGGUGCACGGUGUCUGUUUCUCAGCCAGUGGCAGCCGCGUGGCCUGGGUCAGCCACGACAGCACUGUGUGCCUUGCUGAUGCCGACAAGAAGAUGGCUGUGGCAACCCUGGCCUCUGAAACUCUGCCGCUGCUGGCCCUCACCUUCAUCACUGAAAACAGCCUGGUGGCAGCGGGUCAUGACUGCUUCCCUGUGCUGUUUACUUACGAUGGUGCUGCUGGGAAGCUGAGCUUCGGUGGGCGCCUGGACGUGCCCAAGCAGAGCUCUCAGCGUGGCCUCACAGCCCGGGAGCGUUUCCAGAACCUCGACAAGAAGGCGAGCUCAGAGGGCGGCACGGCGGCAGGCGCUGGCCUUGACUCGCUGCACAAGAACAGUGUCAGCCAGAUAUCAGUGCUCAGUGGGGGCAAGGCCAAGUGUUCGCAGUUCUGCACCACAGGCAUGGAUGGUGGCAUGAGCAUCUGGGAUGUGAAGAGCCUGGAGUCAGCCUUGAAGGACCUCAAGAUAAAAUGACCUGUGAGGAACGCUGCCCUCAUCCUAGCUGCUGGGGAAGGGUGGCUAUAAGGGGCUGCUUUGCUGAAUGCUUCUAGGGUACAGCAUGGAUCCCCAUAGGGCUGCUCCCUCAGAAGGGGAGGGAUUGGGAGAGGAGCUUUGCAUACCUAUUCAGGGAACUUGUGCCUUUUUCUUAAAGAAAUGCUUUCAAUUAUUGUUUUAAAAAAAAUGCCCAAAAGCACAGUGCUGGUCAUGAACUCCUUCAGGUGUGGAAGUAAUAAAAAUGUAAUUUUGGA